AAUGAAUUAAGCCUCGAGUUCUCACUCCAGAAACUUUUAUAAUUAUAAUGGAAGUGCCUAUUCAACAGAUAGCAUGAGAGUGUAUAGUAAAUCUCCUAAAAAUGCAUAAUAAUACAUUAAUCGAUAUUAACCCUGUAUUUAUUCCACAACGAGCAAUAUCUAAAAUUUACAGUCUCUAAAAAACCAAAUAUCUCAAUUGUAAUCUGUUUUAACUCAAUAACACCGCAAAAGUAGUUUUACUAGAUCAAAAGCAGACUCAUCAACAAAUAUGUCCAAUGAUAGAUCCUUCUACACAAUGAUCAAAGAAUAAUUGAAAUAGGUUGGCAAUCUAUAAACAAUUGAUAAAGAGACCAGCAAUCAAAAUAUCACCCAAGCCACUUAGCAAUUCAAAAAGGAUUAUAUCAGUAACAAGAAAUUAGAAUAGGACAUAGAAAAGUAAUCCAAAAACGUAACUCCUUAAGGGAGUGCAGUGAAGAACACAAGCAUCUUGAAGGAGACAACAAUUAAUGUGAUUAAGAGUGAAAAAUAAUAAGCUUUAAAGCAUUUGCUAUAUCCGGUCAGUGAGACUAAGGGAGAAAAAAAUGCGAAACAAAACAAUAAAUUAGAGGAGUAACUUCGAGUCGGACUCCAAGAUAAGUUGAGUUAUUUGGAAUAGAACAAAUAGGAAAAAUUGACGAAAUUAGUUUAAGGUAAUCAAUUGAUAAAUUACAUAGAGUUUAAGAAUGCAAAGAAAUUACUUGAAGAGGACUAUUAAAAUCAAGUUCAAAAUGAGAUAUAGAUAUUUGAGAGAAAACUCAGAAAAUUAAUGAUGUCAUAGAACAAAGAUAAGAAAUUAAAAAGACUUAAAAAAAGUAGUUUAUUAUUGAAUUCAAAAUUAAAUCAAGAUUCUCCUUGUAUGGUAUUGUUUGUAAUAAUUUGAAUAGCUUAAAGUUCAUCACAAUCAUCAGAAAAAGAAAUCAAAAGUUCUUACAAUUUAAUGAACACUUUCAAAAAAUCAGAUAGGACCUAAUUAGUCAGUAGUUUUAAAAAAGAUUGUAAUAUUUUAACUUACUCUUUGAUAGCUUCAAUAAAUAAGGACAAAAAGCAAAAGGUUCGAUUUGAAAAUGAAUAGGGCACUAGGUUCAAAACGGAAACAGAAAACAUUUGA